AUGUUGGCACGACUCACUGAUGUUCCCCCCGAGCUGAUUUCAGACAUUCUCAUAUAUGUUACCGACCCAGUCGAUCUUGCAGCCUUUGCAUGCGCCAGUUCCUACCUUCGUUUCGAGGCAACACGUGCAUUGUAUACAACUGUAAAGCUUGUUUCACUCAAACAGGCCGUACGAUUUUGUCGAACCAUCACAUUUCAUGCUCGUAAAACCACCGGCACUUUGCGAGAGCAUCCAGGCGUGCAUGUCCAAAGCCUUACAUUUCGGCCUCGGGCACUACACACGGAAUAUCCUCCCGUUCCACUCAAUGCUCGUCGCAAGACCGUCGAUCACACGCCACGUCCAACGGCCACAUUUUUUAGAUUACUAUCCAGGGCUAUUGCUGCUUUGCCGCACCUCGCUAUGUUGGACCUAGCAUGGGGUUUCCUGUAUCGUCACACGCACCCAACAUGGACCCUUGACCGCAUUGGAACCCACAAAUUCUUGCAUACGGUUCACAUCGAUGGGGUAGAGAACGCAGACGCAUUAGAGAGGUUUUUGGCACGUCAUCGUCCAAGUGAUAGGGACGAAGGAUGCGUGGGAAUCAGCAGCUUUGAAAACCGCUCCUGGUUGGACUUGCUCGAUCCUUUAUCGCCCCGAGGCGCCCGAGUUCUGAAACAAUUUACCCCAGGGUUACUUCCGGUUGCGAACAGUUUCUCAGGGCCGGCAAGUAUGUUGAAAAGCAUGGGAGUAUGUGCGAGUAAAUUGGAUAAAGUCAGAGUGUGGAGUUGGGGGUAUGGGAGCGCCGAUGAAGAGCUAUCAGGUAUUCAUGAGGCAUUGGCGGGAAGCAGAGACAUAUCAAGCCAAGGAGACAAGCCUUUUGGAUGCGGAAUUUCCGAAUUCGCAUAUGUCUCUAAAACCUUGGUAGAGGAUGUCAUCUCAUUAGCUGGAACGUACCUUCCCGAUGUGCAUGGAUCAGGGAUACGAAUUGGGGAAGACUCCCUUGCCCGAAAAGCUGCCCAACUUACCGAACCUCGAGUCUAUCACCAUUGUCGCACGAGCGACCAGGCCAACGGAGAAGCCAUCCAGAUAUCCAGCGGUAUCGUUCACGAGGGAUUCGCUCGGUCAAAUUGA